UUGAACCCAUGGAUAGAGUUCACAAAAGAUGAAUCAACAAUUAUAUCAUUGAAUGAUGAUGAGAACAUCAAGCGCCACUCUGCAUACAAUUCCAAAAGGACCCACAAUGCAUCUGCCAUAUAUGGAAUCAAUAAGUUCUCUGAUCUCUCUCAAGAAGAAUUUAGAAAACUGUAUUUACUGGAUUCAAGAUUGUUGUACUCAGCCGUCACUUGUGAUUGUCCACCAGCUGCUCCAUCUAUAAACCCCCCUACAACAUCGUACCCUCUCAAGUUUGAUUGGAGAGACAAGAAAGUUGUGACCCCAGUUAAGAAUCAAAAGGCAUGUGGAGCUUGUUGGGCAUUCAGUGUUGUUGAAACAGUGGAAAGCAUGGUUGGAAUAAAAUACAAUUCAACCCCUGGACUAAGCGUACAACAGGUGAUAGACUGUGCAGGAGGGCCAAAUCAGGGGUGUAAUGGAGGGGACACUUGUAAUGCAAUAGAUUGGAUGAAAACGUCAAGGACAGCCCUGGUGAAAGAAGAACUCUACCCACUGACUGACAGCUCUGAUGCAUGUAAGAUGUUUCCAUCAGGGCAGAAGGGUGCCAGAGUCAAGGAUUUCCAGUGUUACGGAUUUACGAACAGUUUGACUUAUCCAGAGAGGGAGGAAGAGCUUUGGAAGUGGCUGUAUCAUUAUGGUCCACUGUCUAUAUCUGUAGAUGCCACAACUUGGAACGAUUACCUGGGUGGCAUUAUCCAGUACCAUUGUGAGGCCUGGAACAACCACGCAGUACAAAUUAUAGGAUAUGAUAGAUCAGGUCCAAUUCCUUACUACAUCGCUAGAAACUCAUGGGGGACAGACUGGGGAAUUGAUGGAUACCUGCACAUAAAGAUUGGCAAGAAUGUCUGUGGAGUGGCAAAUAGAGUGUCCAGGAUUAUUACAUAUUAACUAUAUCAACAACCUCAAAAUCAGCAAUAGAACAUUAAAAUCAGCAAUAGAACCUCAAAAUCAGCAAAAGAACCUCCAGAUCAGCAAUAGAACCUCAAAAUCGGCAACACAAUAUCAAAUCAGCAAUAGAACCUCAAAAUCAGAAAAACAUGUCAAAAUCAACAAUAGAACCUUAAAAUCAGUAAAACAAAAUCAAAAUCAGUAAAACAACCUUAAAAUCAGCAAAACAACCUUAAAAUCAGCUGACUUGUGAUGCAGCGUGAAUAAGAUUUAUAUUUCACGAUUAAUACACAUAUAACACAGUGUGUGUGAUAUAACAUUGAUGGAAUUCACAUUAAUGUAAAAAUAUGAUAUUUUAUGUCAAAUCUACAGAGAUUUGCCAUGAUGUAUGUAUCCUUAAUUGAUGAAUUGCAUAUUUGUAAUUUGCAGUAUUUAAAAUCAUGAAUCACAAACAGAUAUACAGGGUGUCCUUUAAGUCUCCUAAUAAUUACAAUACAAAGUCUGUG